AUGGCCGCGUCCGGAGGAGAUCCAGGGACGAGCGCCUCCGGGCGGAAGCGUCAGAGAAACGAGAAUGCUUCGGAGGAGGAGGACAAGGAGGACGAACCCACCGCGACGGAGGAACCGCCGCCUGAUGAGGAGCGGUCCACUGAAGAGGAGGACGACGACGCCCCAAUCGAGAUUGACGAGGACGACGACCCCGUGGAGUUGCUCGUCGCGCAAGGUGUGAGCGAAGAAGUGGCGAGAAGAGCGCUCGAGAACGCAGAUGGCGACGUGGACGAGGCGGUGAUGGAGGUGAUUCGCUUACGCGAGCUCGAGGAGGAGGAAAGGGACAUGGCUAAAGGGAUGGAGGAGUCGCUGAGAGAGGCGGAGGAGGAAGCGACCAAGAGAGAGGCCGAGCUCGCGGAGAAGAAGCGUACUGCCCCCGCGGAGUAUUUCGCCGGUUCGUCGUUCCUGAGUCAUCUCGGCGUAGACGCGAGCGAGCGAUUACUCCGUGAGGAGUCGUCGAGUCGUGACGACGUCAUGCAGCUGCUCGACUUUGAGAGGCAAUGCAAAAAAUGGUACCGAGGGAACGGGAAGGAGGUGGACAGCAAGUUCGCCGCCAUCGCCGCGGAGAUCGUGGCGAACCUCCCCGAUGUCGACGCCGCGAAGGAAGAGAGCGGCGAGACGGAUAUGCUCCACAGCUUGAUCGUUGCGCAUCUGAUGACGUUGAGAGAGGCGGUUCUCGCCCAUGUCCCCGAGAAGAGCGGUUCCGUGCCGGAGAUUUUCUCGCCGACGAAGACGGCUGAUGAGAUAGAGGAAGUUGACCUGUGUGACAGCGAUUGA